AUGGUACGAAGCACUUGCUCACGGACGACAUCGACCAUCCUUCGAAGCGCAUUCCAGGAAAGAGCGAAUUGCAGAUGGCAACCUAAAUGUCAGCGGCAAUCUUUACAUACAGAAACACCAGCAGAGCGGUCAAUAACGAGUCGGUCGACGCCUCCACAAUUAUCACGCCUCCCCCGACUCCAACAGCAGCAUCUUCGGAAACCGAUUACACCCACCUCUCGUCGAAGAGCCUUUUCGACCUCCACUCCGUGGCAGCACGGUGAUCUCACUCCUCCAAAGCCCGGUGAAGAGCGAAGAGUGACUUUCAUCGACAAGGAGCUUCAAGAGCACACAUUCGAAGUAGCGGACGGAGACAAUCUGCUAGACAUUGCUCAAGCCAAUGACUUGGAGAUGGAGGGUGCAUGCGGUGGUAGCUGUGCGUGCAGUACCUGUCAUGUCAUUGUAAGAGACGAUGAGAUGUACGAUUCGAUGGUAAGGCUAUCUUGCACGAUUCAAUCGCUACAGCGGACGGGAACAAACCAAAGCUGUUGAGCAUGGGACUAAUAUCAAUGGCAGGAGGAGCCUUCUGACGAUGAGAACGACAUGCUUGAUCUCGCUUUCGGCUUAACGGAGACGUCCCGGCUAGGUUGUCAAGUCAUAAUGAGCAAGGAACUGGACGGUCUAGUCGUCAAGCUACCUUCGAUGACGAGGAAUCUGCAGGCCUCCGAUUUCGCAGACAAGGAGAACAAGAGCUGA